AGUUUCCGGUUAGCUGUAUCUAUCUAGGCAUAAUAAAAAACAAACGAAAAUGAAACGAAAAUGAUAUUUAUUACAACCAGUAUAAGGCCUGGAUAUUAGCUCAUUUAGGUGACGGGCUACAACUGAUCACAAUAUCGAUACUGUAUAUGUUAGAAUACUUUUGCCCAUGAAUUCUCGCCCAGAAAGAACUCUCAAUUCCCAGUCGCCCGUACCACCACCACCAGUGCCCCGCUCCACGGCCCCGUCCCCCUCACGAAAUGUCCCGGAGAGAAAGACAGAAUCCACGCCUUCCUUCACCCAGAGACGACGGAUGGAGAGAGGGAACGACGAGCAGCGAUGGAAGAGGACUGACCUUCACCUUAUACACUAUAUGACAAAGUUGAAGGACGAAUAUAUCCAGAGACAAACUGACCACGACGAGCAAACGAGGAAACUGACCACUUCCGACCUGGACGAAUUAGUGCAAGAUGACAUUGUCAUGGACAAACAAACGCAGCAGCCGUCAUUUGAAAAUUUAAAUGGCCGCUUACCUGACGCUUUCAACAAAGCGUCCCAUGCUUCCAGAAAAGAGCUGGCUAAAUCCAAUACAAGCCUGACGAAUCAGCCUAAGAGCAUGAUCCCCGUGAGGUCCCCGACCAAUCUGAAAAGAUCGAGCGUCGCUGGUGUGGCCGAGGAUGAAGGAACUACAGCAAAGAAGAAUAUCACUCCAGUGCCAAGGACAGCCAGGGGUAAUAUUGUAAGGCGAGCUGUAUCCAACAUCGGAGGAACAUCUGCGUACAAAGACUAUGGACUUCAGGAAUUGCGCGCGAACAGAAGUGAGGGACCCGGACAGGAACACAAUAACACCUUAGACGCCAGCGGUGUGGCGACCGACCACGUCUUUGCUUCACUGAACGAGCAGAUGGCUUUGGAAAACGACCACACCGCAACACAGGAGAAUGCUUCCAACUUUAACGCUCAUCUUGACAAGUCGAAACAAUCACAUUCAGGUAUGCCGAAAUUGACGGACAAAGUGCCGGCGAAAAAUGAAUUCAGGCAACUUACUUCAGCUAACAAAAACACCGUCUCAAACGAGAGAGUGACAGCCAAGAAAAGCCUGCAGAAUGCAAUCCCAAGUAAACUCAAAUUUAAAACGACGAAAGCCAGCGCCACGGAGUUACGAGUAGAUGGCUCAGACAACCCUAUGGAAGGCACGUCUAGAUCGAAGAGGACUAAAUCGGGUUCAAACCCUACUGUUGUGCGAUCAAGAUGGUCAGGGUUGGUUUUAGAAGACGCCAAGCCACCGCUAAAGAGAAAUGAUAUUUCCGUUUCCCCAAUGAUGCUACAUUCUGUCAAAAAGUCGUUGUCCAAAGACGAUAAGCUUCCGCCAAAGCGAAAAUCAUCGCUACCAAAUACUAAGGUCACGCAACGCUUAUCUCCUAAACAGCGGAGAGAAAUCACCGCAGAGCGCAAGCCUUCUCCGCAAGUUCCUAUAUCAAAAUUAUACGAAAAGGUUAGUUCAGAGUCGAGGAACCUUAAGGCAGAUAUCAGACAAGACGACAGCAAAAGAUUUCAGAACAGAAGAUCUUUUUCUCCUCAGCCUAGAUCGAGCCUACAAUUAGUUCCGUUAAGUCACGCUGAAAUGAGUAACGACAGCGACUUUGAAGGCAGCGACGAAAAAGCCGGCAGCGUUCAGGGAACACCGUCAGUUAUAAUUCACUCUACGAGGCGUACCAUCAUCUCAGACCCCCCAGCAAAGAAGGCCACCUCGUAUAAGAUGGAAUCACCGCCUUCCAGUGCUAAAUCUAGAAGCUCCCGGUUAGUAAAAAAACAAGAAAAAUCUUUCAAAUCAAAUGCCAGCAAAACUAAAUCCAUCCGUUCGAGAUCACCAGUAAGAAAGGAAUCCCAAGUCUCGAAACAAAGAGGCGAAAAAAACAAGAGAAGAAAAAGAAAAGCAAAGGACCUCAGAGUCUCUUCCUCUAAUUCAGCCUCACCGUCCGUCGGAUUUCUAAAGAAUGUCAGCAUGUUACAGCUCGAUAUCCUGCAUGAACAAAGCACUCCCGACAGGAGCGUGACUCGAGGGUCAAACUUUGCAAAGACUAGAAAAAAAGAUACACACAGUGCUGCGAUAUUAAAAGAAGUGAAGAAGAAGAAAAAGCCUUCUGCGGAACACUCAAAGCACUCCGAAUUCUCCCCGAAAAAAAAAGAAAAACACAAACGGGGGAAAAAGCUGUCGUCGACCGAAGACAGAUACACCCAGGUAGGGGGCGCGGACAUUGCCGAGGAGAAAAAGAAACGCAGCCUAUCGCAAAGUAAGAUCAAUCUUGAUAAGAACGAAACAAAACCAGAGAAGACGUUUGCGCACAAAGCUGUAGGCAGCAUAAGACACCGCACGAAAAGGCGCCCUUGCCAUUGCAGCUCCGGGAAAAUCCACAAGCACAAACGGAAAAGAUGUCAACGCAAACCUCACUACAAGUACAUCCUGGACCCUCUCCUCUACGCCUACUUCAACGAGAAGCAGAGGCGAAAAGUUUCGAAGCACAAAAGGAGGAAAUAUCUCUGGUCCUCCUCUGAGAGCUGCCAGAGGCUGGACACUUCACUGACGUCUUUCACGUCAUUACAGAGUCUGACUGAAACGUCCCUCACGAGGUCUGAAUACUCAGCGUGUCAAAGCUCCGUGGAGCACUCCGUGUCGGGCUUCAUCAAUAAGGGAAGCAAUAAACUCACUUGUCAAUGUUUGAGCGUGAGGGAUUCCAACACCCUCAGCUGGAACAUGAGUGAAUCAAACGUACAGGUCCAUUCCUUCCAAAAAACGUCAAGUCCUAAAAAAAAGUCAGCCAAGAAUAAAGCGCAGCGGACGAAUCAACAAGAUACGGCGUCGGAGAGAGCCUUUCCCAAAACGUCUCUGCUGGCGAAGGAGAUUCGUAGAAAGUGUCGCAUUCCGGUGUCCAUUUCUUCAAACAGCCAUUCAAACCCGGUGAAACGGGACCAGCCGUCAGAGGGCGUCAUGGUCAAGACUACAUUCACAGCUAGCAAGCCGCUCACGAUUGUUGCAGAAGUGCCAGACAGCGAAACCGAAAACGAGGACGAAUCGCGAGAGCUGGAGACCGUGGAGGCCGAGGUUGAACGCGUCUUGGCGAAUCUGAGCCAAUCACAGCAAGAGCUUGAGAUGAAGUUUGAAAUCGUGCUAGAGAGCUUCAACUUGUUGAAAGCUAACCGCAAGCUGGUUCUCGAACACCAGUCUCAGACAGCCGAGAAACAACGAGAACUGGCAGUCAAUGCUACACCUCAAUUUGAAGCUACUUACUUCGACUAUUUUAUGUUUGUAGCAUUCUUAGCAGUACAGAUUAUUUUUCAAGUUGUAUUUAUCAAAAAGUUCUAAAUUGAUACUUGAAAGUAAAGGAAGCUUUUUUUUUAAAAAAAUAUAUUUUGUAAAUGUUUUGUAUUAAAUUUCAAACAAAAUGAGUGAAUAUUUUUUUAUUAGUCUAAAGACAUGCGAAUACUUUAUAUUGUGAAUGAACUCAAUUUAUGAUGACGUCAUUUUCGGCAUUUCCAAACGCCUUUAAAUCGUCUCGCUUUAUCGAAAUUCGAGACGCCUGGUAGAGUGAAAUGUAUUCGAUUAUCUAUCUUGCUCUGAACACAAUUGGGAAGCUAUCGUCUGCACAUUAUUUCAUGGAUGUCAGUAACAUUUAGAUUUCAAAGUUAAAUCAUUCCUAAAUUGUGCUGAUUUUUAUCACAUUUUUUUUUUGAAGUACAAGCCCUAUGAAAGUUCUAUAAUAGUUAUACUAUAAACAAGUUUUUGAAAACACGCUAAUUGUUACACUUUUUUAAACCUUUGUUUUCUAUUCUAUUUCUAUACAAUUUCAAUCAACAUUUUAUAAAUA